AUGGCCCCAAUUCGCGUCGGUAUAGUCGGGCUCUCCGCUCAACCCGCAACAUGGGGCCAACUCGCCCACCACCCAUUCCUCUCGAAGUCGCCACACUACAAGAUUGUGGCCCUUUGCAACUCCUCCAUAGCCUCUGGGCAAGCCGCCAUCAAAUUCUACGGCCUCGACCCGGAAACUACCAAAGCGUACGACAACUAUGCAGCCCUGGCCACAGACCCAGACAUCGACUUCCUCAUCAUCACUACGCGAGCGGACACGCACUACGACGCCGUCUUGCCCGCCUUGAAGUCACCACCAAAAAGCCUCAAAGGCGUCUACUGUGAAUGGCCCCUCGCUGCUACCACCGAGCAGGCUAAGGAGAUGCAUGACCUAGCUAAGAAAGCAGGCCUCAAGACCGUCGUUGGGCUGCAAGGCCGCCUCUCGCCCACCGUCACCGCACUCCGUCGACUAAUCCAAUCCGGUCGAUUUGGCCAAAUCCAUAGCAUCAACUACCACGGUGCAAUCAAUGUGUGGCAGAACAACGCCGCGGGAGCCAAGUACUACUACUUCAUGGACAAGGCAGUUGGCGGAAAUCUGCUGACUAUUUACGGUGGACACUGUCUGGAUUCAUUGCUGUAUGCGCUGGACGCGGAGCUCGUGCCGGGCGGGUACAAGCCGAUGUUGGCAAAUUUGAGGCCACGAAUGUGGCGGACGGGUGCGGAUGGGCAAGUGCUGAAGGACGAGGGAACAUAUGAGAAGAACACGCCGGAUCAGAUCUUGCUGCAGGGACGAGUCAAGUUGGGCGAUGUCGAUGACGGCGAUACAGAAGGACCGAGCUCCGACCCAGUCCUCUCUUUCCAUCUUCGCGCCGGCAAUCGCUUUUCACCCACCUCACCCGGCUCGACUUGGCGGAUAUACGGCACAAAAGGCGAAGUCGUGGUUGAGUUCGCCAGUGCGGGACCACAGAUCGGUGCGCCGACCUCGAUGAAGUUCUCGAACAUGAAGACCGGUGAGGUGGAGGAUCUGCUGCCCGAAGCGGUGGAGGGUGGUAGGCUGGAUGGCAGCCCGGAUGUAGCAUGGACGGAUUUGCCGACCCCUGGGCAGAAUAUUGGGAGGAUCUUUGAAGCGUAUGCGUUAGCAAAGCAGGACAACUACGCCAACUGGGGUGAGGCGGUGAAGAGGCAUGAGUUGCUAGAUGAGUUCUGGGCGAGUGGGAUGUGA